UUCCGAAUCGCGUCGCGACCGUGUCCACCGCCGUCGCAUGCCACAACCGGACGGUGUAGUGGGGUGCCGUGAGCGUGGUGUGCAAGAGAGGAGCGUGAGCUGCGUGCAGGAUGGCCACCAUUGACGGACGACCGGCGCAGUAUGGCGUCACGCUCAAGCAACUGCGCGAGCUCAUGGAGCUGCGCGGUGGGGAGGGCAUAGAGCGCUUGGAUAGUGAGUUCGGCGGCAUCCUCGAGCUUACCAAGAAGCUCUACUCCUCUCCCACCAAUGGGUUGAGCGGGAAUGCCAGUGACAUGGAGCACCGACGACAAACCUUCGGCUCCAAUGUCAUACCACCGAAGCCUCCAAAAACAUUCCUCACCUUGGUGUGGGAGGCGCUACAAGAUGUAACUCUUAUUAUCCUUCAGGUGGCUGCUGUGGUGUCCUUAGGUCUCUCCUUUUACAAACCCCCUGCAGAAAGUUCAUCAGGUCCACAAGUUGGUCAUCACGAUGAGGGAGAGGAAGAAGCAGGAUGGAUCGAGGGAGUGGCCAUUCUUAUAUCUGUGGCAGUAGUUGUUUUUGUCACAGCCUUUAAUGACUACACAAAAGAAAAACAGUUUCGAGGUCUACAAAGCCGCAUUGAGGGCGAGCACAAAUUCUCUGUUAUUCGAGGAGGAGAAGUCCAUGAUAUUGGAGUGGGAGAUAUUGUCGUUGGUGAUAUUUGCCAAAUCAAAUAUGGUGACUUGUUACCUACAGAUGGAAUCUUGAUACAAAGCAAUGACCUAAAGAUUGAUGAGUCCUCGCUAACUGGAGAGUCAGACCAUGUAAAGAAGGGGGCUGACACAGAUCCUAUGGUGCUCUCAGGGACACAUGUAAUGGAGGGCAGUGGAAAAAUGCUGGUGACUGCAGUAGGUGUAAAUUCUCAAGCUGGCAUUAUCUUUACACUUUUGGGUGCUGCUGCAGAUGAAGAAGAAGUUGAAGCUAAGAAGAGGAAAAAAGAGGCCAAAAAGCAGCGGAAAAAGCAGAAGAAGGGCGACUCAGGAGAAGAGUUGAUUGUCGCCAAUCCUAGCAAGCAAGGAGAGGGUGAGGCUGGAGCCGUGACGGGUAAUUCUCACCACGCAACAGCAAACUCUGCCAACGCUGACGGUGAUGUGAGAAACAACAAACAUUCAAAGGAAGAGGAAGAAGGAGAAGAAGGUGGAGCCUCUGGGGGUGGAGGACAUGAGAAGUCUGUCCUGCAGGCCAAGCUGACAAAGUUGGCCAUUCAGAUAGGUUAUGCUGGUUCAUUCAUCGCUGUGCUCACUGUUGUGAUUCUAAUAGUCCGUUUCUGCGUAAAAACCUUUGUUUUGGAAGGCAAACCAUGGGACACAUUUUAUGCAAACCAUUUUGUCAAGUUCUUCAUCAUUGGUGUAACGGUGCCUAGGUGUCUUCCCCUUGCUGUUACACUGUCUUUGGCUUACUCUGUAAAGAAAAUGAUGAAAGAUAACAACUUGGUGCGACAUUUGGAUGCUUGUGAAACUAUGGGUAAUGCAACAGCUAUUUGUUCUGACAAAACUGGAACCCUCACCACUAACCGCAUGACAGUUGUUCAGUCAUACAUCUGUAGUGAAGAUCAUAAGACUACUCCAAAGUUUGAGUCAUUACCACAUGCAGUGGGUGACCUCUUGGUGAACGCCAUUAGCAUCAACUCUGCCUAUACAUCCCGUGUUUUGCCAGGACAACCAGGAGAUCUCCCAAAGCAGGUUGGCAACAAAACAGAAUGUGCACUGUUAGGAUUUGUUUUGGAUCUUGGAAAAAGUUACCAGGUUAUUCGGGAUGAAGUCACUGAAGAAAACUUUCAUCGUGUAUACACCUUCAAUUCAGUACGAAAAUCUAUGUCAACGGUGGUGCCUCGCAACGGAGGCUACCGCAUUUAUACUAAAGGUGCCUCUGAAAUUGUCAUGAAAAAGUGCUCCUUCAUCCAUGGCAAAGAUGGCAGAUUUAGAGAAUUUCACAAGUCAAUGCAGGAACGUCUCUUGUUAAGAGAAGAAGUAAUUGAGCCUAUGGCAUGUAAUGGUCUUCGCACAAUCUCAGUUGCAUAUAGAGACUUUGUCACAGGGAAAGCUGAAAUUAACCAAGUGCAUUUUGACUCAGAGCCUAAUUGGGAUGAUGAGGAUAACAUCAUCAACAACAUGACCUGUAUCUGUAUAGUGGGCAUUGAGGAUCCUGUGCGUCCUGAAGUGCCUGAUGCCAUUCGAAAGUGCCAGCGGGCAGGCAUCACUGUGCGAAUGGUCACCGGAGAUAAUAUCAACACUGCCCGCUCCAUUGCUAGCAAAUGUGGAAUUCUUAGACCUGGGGACAAUAGUCUCAUUCUAGAGGGAAAAGAGUUUAAUAGGAGAGUAAGAGAUGCAUCAGGAAAGAUUCAGCAACAUUUAAUUGACAAAGUCUGGCCAAGCCUGCGUGUCUUGGCUCGUUCCUCUCCUACGGACAAGUAUACCCUGGUCAGAGGUAUCAUUGAGAGUAAAGUGAGCUCUAAUAGAGAGGUAGUGGCUGUCACUGGGGAUGGAACAAAUGAUGGGCCUGCUCUCAAAAUAGCUGAUGUUGGCUUUGCUAUGGGCAUUGCUGGUACUGAUGUCGCCAAAGAGGCAUCAGACAUUAUUCUCACUGACGACAAUUUUACUUCAAUCGUCAAAGCUGUCAUGUGGGGAAGGAAUGUGUAUGAUUCCAUUGCAAAAUUUCUGCAGUUCCAGUUGACAGUAAAUGUUGUUGCUGUCGUUGUGGCUUUUGUUGGUGCCUGUGCCAUUAAUGAUAGUCCUCUCAAGGCUGUACAAAUGUUGUGGGUGAACCUUAUCAUGGAUACUUUGGCUUCCUUGGCACUUGCAACAGAAGCUCCCACACCCGAUCUCCUGCUACGAAAGCCAUAUGGGCGCACUAAGCCUCUCAUCUCUCGCACCAUGAUGAAGAAUAUCCUUGGUCAAGCCAUGUACAUGAUUUGUGUUAUAUUUGUUUUGUUAUUUUAUGGUGAUAAGUUGUUAGACAUUGACUCUGGUCGUUAUGCUGACAUCCGUGACCCGCCAUCCCAGCACUUCACCAUUAUCUUCAACACUUUCGUCAUGAUGACUCUCUUCAACGAAAUCAAUGCACGGAAAAUUCACGGACAGCGCAAUGUGUUCCAGGGUUUCUUUACUAAUCCCAUUUUCUACAGCAUCUGGCUUAGUACACUAGCUAGUCAGAUUGUGAUAGUACAGUUUGGUAUGGCAUUUUCAACGCAAGCCCUGUCACUGGAGCUGUGGUUAUGGUGUCUGCUCUUUGGAUGUGGAGUGCUACUCUGGGGACAGGUUGUCACCUCCAUCCCAACCAAAAAGCUACCUAAGAAUGUAUUCUCGUAUGGAUCAGGGGAGCCUAUAAACGAUCCCAUUGCUGAUCUGGCCAGUGAAGACAAGCUGGAUUCGGACGGAAAGGACAGCAAGCGGACGGGUCAGAUUUUGUGGAUCCGUGGCUUGACCCGACUCCAGACUCAGGUCAUUGGAGGCACGUUGCAGGAGCGGCUGAUACCCGUACCGUAUAGCAAGACCUCCACAGACCAGGCUAUUCGAGUAGUUAAUGCGUUUCGGCAGGGGCUUGAUGCACGGCCUUCCAACCCAAACCUGGCGGCAGUGCUGAAGAAGCAGACGUCCCUGAGCAAACGGUUGUCCCAGGGGUCUUCACUGGAGUAUGCCGACAUGUGUCCGGAUCCAGAAGAAUUAACAGUGCCAGAGAUCGACGUUGAGCGUUUAUCCUCACACAGUCACACCGAGACUGCUGUGUAGGCCCUAGUGUAGGCCCCCAUGCCGCUUUCUCAGGGCCAACUGCACCUCCAGCAGCAGUAGCAGCACUGGCAGCAACAGUAGUGUGAUCAGCAGCAGCAGCAGCAGCAGCAACAGCCAUUAGCCACUACCGUAGUAGCUAGCGGGUGCCACCUGUGGUGUGGUGCCUAGGUGCUGGGCUCCGUCGCGACUGACAAUGACUGACUGCGAUAAUCAGGGUGGCUCGGGCGGGCUAAGGCGGUGACAGUUCAUGUUUGGGAGAGAGAGAGAGAGAGAAAAAAAAAAAAAACUGUGGGUGCUGUGCACACCUGUUAUUGGUGGCGGUGGGCUGCCUGGGCUCCCGUGAGUUGUCUUCCUGGGGGCCUGCUGUCCUGCAUCUACCCAGCCUGAACACACCCCUUAAGGGGCAUGCCCAACUGUCCCUCCGCCUGUGCCCACCUCUGGUGCACACCCACACUCACUGGUGUAAGCCAAGGACUCACUUUAACAGUGUGCCGCCGCGCCCGUUGUUUCAUCAUGUCCUACUGUUAAUAGUCUUGUGUAUAGUAAGGGUUGUUAUUGCAUAGUCUACCAAUUAUAGAUAUGGUAAAGGGUUUUUGCCAGAGGGUUAGAUCUGUUGAACAAUACUAAGGACAAAUUACCAUUAUACCUGUAGUCAAAGGACGUUUUAAAACUCUCUAAAGAAGUUGUGGAAACUUGUAUAUUCAUGAAUGUUCUUGGUUCUUGUUUUCUAAAACCAUGUUGGCUGUUCCUGAUACUAGAGUCUAUACAUCUCUGUUUUGUUUAUGUUUGGCAGUAUUGUUUUGUCCAUUUGCUGUGUAUGGAAGAUGAGACCUAGGUUGUAUGACUGGUGGUACCUCUUAGCUUAAGUGGUAUGAUCGUUGCAUUGCUACAAGUUGUGUGGUGGAGCCAGCCUUGUUAUGAGCCCGGCUUCACAACACAACCACUACUGAUGUCUAGGUUUAAUCAGACAUCUUUGCAUUUAAUACUAAUAAUCCUAACAUCAUGGGGGUCGUUUUUAUGGAGCAAUAGUUGUUUUGAAGUAUAUAUAAUAGUGAUGAUGCUUGUCAAUAAUUCAAUCACUGAAGGUAAUUGUCAUGUUAUGUAAUUAACAAUAUUACAAAUGAACUGGUGCACGGUUGUUCACGACCUUAUCACCUGUUAUAAUGUUGGCUAGCCAAUGGAACCAAUUUUAUUUGUUGUGCCCAUGUGAGGAGCACUCCAGAGGCCUGCAAUUGUGUACGGCCACCCUGGGAGUAAGCCCUAGGACUUUUUCAUGCCCCUGCAAGCACUAAGUACUGACCUAGGAUAUUUCCUUGGAUCUAGCUUCAGUGCUCUUGUUAAAAAAUGUGGAAACCCGUAGGGGAGCUUGACUUUACCCAUGGAAAUAUGGCAUUUAAACUUGCCAGUCAACAUCCCCGACCCCACCACCUGCUCUUACCUCCCCGCGCCCUCCCCAGAAAAAAAGAAAGAAAUCCCCAAAUCUCCCCCUCCCCCCUGUCUUUCCUCCCCUCUCCAUUCUCCAUCACCAUUCCCGGAAUCCCCCGCCCCCACCCUGCCCCCACCCCUAACUAUCACAUUUCACCACUCCAGGUUGACUCGAUGUCUGUUUGCGUGGUCUGCCCUCUACCAUCCUGUUCUUAGGUGUGGCAAAUAUGCAUUAGUUUUAAGUCAGUUCUCUGGGCUGUUCACCAAACCAUUACACAUAACAAAUUGUAGUCAAUAGCGAACAGUUAUUUCAUUCUUUUCCGUAGAGAAAGUGAAGGAUUUUCUAAAUACUGAAAUGUUGUAAAUCCAAUAAAUGUUAAUGUAAAAUGGUAGAGAUAACCAAGAUAAACCUUCUGUAAAUCUUCAGUAAAUCUUCAGUCAUUUUGUGAUGCUCGUCUCUUGACAUGUCAGCCACGACACUCCUUAACCUUAUGUUUGUCAACUAAUUCUAGGACUGAGGAAGUCUAAGAUCACUGGAAGUUUGAUAAGAAAAAGGCCUUGUACUUCUUCUCUUGUCCAUUAUCUGAUGUGUGUGUGUGUGGGUCCAUGGAUGGUUUGUGCAGUGUGGAGCUGCGAGGCCCAACAUGACUCCUGAGAAGCAAAGGAUAUGAGUCUGGCUUCCGUUGUGAUGAUGCUCUGUCACCAACCAUGCACUCGAACGCGCGUAGUACUUUAGAUUUUUCGUGGAUAUAAACAAAUGGCUUCUAUUGUUAAUAGGAAAGAACAUUACUUGUUGCGUUUGUUAACUUUAAAAAUACAGGUUUUCAAGAGUCCA